UGAUUAAGCCACAACCUUCUAGCCAGCUGUUAUUUCCUUCUCAGUACAACAUGGUUACAAUGUAAUGGCUCUAAAUGGAAGUAGAUCAAUGAGGCUUAUAAAAUCAGACUUCUGACUUACAAUUUAAUAAUUCAAACUUUUUUCAUUUUGAUUUAAAAUGUAAUAAUUCUACACAAAUUUGUACUAAUGUUGGUGGAACUGCUAACAACUCAGACAUCCGAAACAUGGAAGUGUCACCGGACACAGCCAAACUGGCUUUUUUAUAUUAUCAUCAGUUUUUAUUUCUGUAGCUAGUAACUAUAUCUUUCCAAAAAAUAUAGUUUAGUAAAAAGUGAAUUAUUUCCCUUUUGAAUUGUAGUGCAGUAGAAGUAUAAAGUAGCAUAAAAUGGAAAUAUUCAAGUAAUAAGAACCUAAAAAACUACUUAAUAAAUACAGUACUUGAGUAAAUGUACUUAGUUACUUAAGAUUAUGUUUUGGGGCGAUUUGCCUUUAUUUGAUAGGAACAGCUGAAGAGAGACAGCUUCAUCAGCUGCCACGUUGUGGUUGGGUGAGGAUUUUACUGGUAAUCCUCCUCUCACUCUAUCGCAGCUUGACCUCUGCUAUUCAUAUUAACUUGUGCCAUUAUCAAACGUUCAAUAGAGGAGAAGAUGGGAAUCAAGGCUUUGGUUACUGAAAAUAGCACAAAAGCUGAUAUGACUGACAAGGCGUUUUGUUGCCUCAGAUGAAAACAAAAGGGUGGCGGGAACACAAAUACUAAAAGGUUUUUAUAGCUGAUUCUUGAAGUAUGAACAAUGAAAUGACGAGCAUGUGCAAAACUCAUUUGUCUGUCAGUCAAACAGAAGAUAAAACACUAGAAAUGGAAAGGAAUAACUCAAUAAUACUGGUGUAGGGCUCAUGUGAAAAUAACUUAUUUGAAAACACAAAUCAGAAUUUGUAAAGAAACCUGUAGAUAAACGAGACGCUCAAACCAUCAAACUUAGUCAGAGCACGUGGGCUUAAUCUGAAAAUUUGUAUAGAGCAGAUGACGAAUGAUUGCGCUUUACGUUGACAUUACAUAAUCCUCCAUGAGGGGUCACAAAUGUCAAUGUGUCCUCCCCUGGGACACUCCGGUUCAUAGCAUCCUGUCCUUCACAAGGAUACCACACGAAGAAGCACCACAGCCCACUGACUUCACUGCUAAAUAGAAAAAUCGACUCCAAACUAAGGGGAGUUUUGUACGUUUAAAGCCUGUUUCAAUCAGCAGCUUUUGUUUUUAUUUGCUCUAAGAACUAGUGUUUGGACAGCAACAGUCCAUGCAUUAUCCUGUGCCAUUUGUCUUUAUUAAUACAUGCAUAUAAAAGUAUUCACCCCCUUUAAGAGGACAUAAAUUAGCACUGGUGCAGCCAAUUGGUUAAAUGGGCAUAAACACAGCUGUGUAUGGAAGAUCCAGCUUUUGGUGAGUCAGUAUUGUGGCAAAACCUCCACCACGGAGACAAAAGAACACUCCAAUCUCUUGGAGUCCAGUUAAAUCAAGUUAGGGUGUAAGAAGGAGGCUAGUGCAGGAGACCCUCACCCAGAGACCUGUGACAAAUCUGAAGGAGUUCCAAGCUUCAGAGGCUCUUGUGAGGGUAGAGGUUCAAAUAAAUACAGGGGAAACCUGAUGCAGUCUGCAAGAAACCUACGACUCGGGAGAAGAUUUGUUCUUCAGCGAGACAUUGAGCUCGUGCGAAUGACUGCAAAACAUCACUGUCAGUGUCCUGGAGUGGCCUCGACAAGAGUCCAGAUCUCAAUCCAGCGGCCCCUUUUAAGUGGAGGGAAUUAAAGAACCGGCAAAUCCCUGGCUGUACAUGAUGCCCAGGCGUGUUGGCCCAUGGCACUUACAUAAGAAAAUUGCUUAUUAUUAUCUUAUUAUUUUUUUUGGACCAAUGGCAUUCAUCUUUCAGGUAUGUGCAGAUGUGACUCACUGUGACUAACUGUACCCUGAAUGGACUGUGUGAUCCUGUGUCCUGUCUGUCGGGGACGAUGGAGGCUGGCACGAUGGUUCCCUUGUGAUACAAAAUGACCUGAAAUGUGGAAAGAAAGAGGGCUGCUGUCUCCUGGUGUCUCUCUCGUAUUCUGUCAUCCAGACAUUAGCAAACAGCUAUGGCAGUCUAAUAAUCAGAUCAUUAGGAUGCUUUUCAUCUCAAAUAAUCAUCUGGACUAUAACCUCAGUGAGUUGGAAGCUCUGUCAAAAUGAGUCGUUCUUGUGAUUGGACUUUUAGGAUCUUUUAAAGCACUUAACAGGGACAAACAUGCUAAUCCUCUAACUACACCAAAAUACAAAAUUAUGAUUUAUGAUUUGGGAUUUGUGGGUAUGAGUGGUGCAACCUUUGUGGGAUAGGACAUCUUCAAUUCAAAUUGAGGACUUAAAGGAUGCUGGGUGCGGUGGCAGGGUGGCUCAGUGGUUAGUACUGUAACCUCACAGCAAGAAGGUUCUGGGCUGUUCCUGGUCUUUCUACUGUCCAAAGACAUGCAACAUAAAUUAGAAACUCUAAAUUGUCCAUAGGUGACAGCGUGAACACGGUUGUCAGACUUUAGACCAUUAUCUGGGAUUUGGAUGAUUGUAAUAAAACUUGAAUGGUGUCAUUUCCUGGUCUUAAAGGGCUGCAUUACAACUGACUGAUUAUUAUCUGAAUUUAACUGUUUUAUUUGAGCUGAACAAAUACUGAAGACCAUCCUGUUUGGUUACCAUAUCUUCAAUGCAAGUGUUUCUCAAAGUAACGCAUUUGGAUGGAUAGAGUAGGGUUUGAACCUGCUUAGUACACAUUGACCAGGAAGGUGUGACUGAUAUGUCCCCGCCUGCCCAGGUGCUAUAAGGAUGAUCUUAUUCCGAAUAGACUGCCAUUAUAAAAGAGACGUCUAAUAAAUGUGUUAUUUUUGACAAUUAUUACUUUGUGUAGUAUGAAUUUAAAUCCAUGCAGGUUUUAUAUUUGCAAAACUUUCCCAGAGCCCAGAAGAGGUAUUUCUAUGUGAAGUCAUCCCAAUGUAAAGUCUAUGUGCCAGCAGGACCAAGGAGGCGGGGCCAGAGGGAGAGACACUAACGCACAUGUGCAGUGGGCCUCACAACGCAGAAACAAAACAGGAAGCUAGAAAACUUUUUUGGUGAGCAAUUUUCAGGGCCCUAUAGCAUGUGGGCCCCACCUCCUACUUUGGAUCAGGCCCCGCCCCCUCAGCACGCCACGCCCCCAGCGGUGAUAUCAUGGUGUACUGACCACCCUGGAGUACACUGCUACAUCACUGCAUCAAGGUGGAAAGUUAAAGGUACCCUAUGGAGUUGUUGACCACUAGUAGUGCUGUGGAGCGCUAUUUUUACAAUUUUUCACGCUUUUGCACUGAUUGACAGCUGGUGAUGAUAAGGUGCCAACAAACGUAGCAAUACGCUAACAAAGGCAAGAAAGACUGGUAGAUGUAGACAAUACAGGAUUUAAAAGAGGCUAUAUAAAAACUGGCUUGGCUAAUGUUUUAUGAGGAAGGAAAUGCAUUCAACACGUUUUUUUUUUUGUUUUUUUUUUAGGCCUCAUGGAUGUACACACAAUGUAAACAUCACUUUUGUUUGUUUACAAGAAAACUCCACAGGGCACCUUUAAACCCGCUGCUGUUAAGUUGCUCUACAUGGGUCUUAAAGGUCAGAAAUGUAUUAUUUCAGCGGGUUCCCACUGCGUGUGAGACAGGUUGUCCCCUUCACUGCCAGGUAUUUCAAUUUAUUGUGUUAUCCCUGAGGCAGUGAGGCCAUACUAUAGUUUGUGGUGUGGUUACACUAGACUGCAUUGUAAAGUAGUGCGUUAUAACUCUCCCCUCAUCCACACUCCAGCACCCCUUACAUCAGGGAAACUCUAAACAACUUGGAUCAGCGCAAAUAGCUCUCUACGCAUAGGAAAGCGCUUGAUUGAUUUCCUACGAGACGACUUCUCGGUAUCUUGAAGGAAUUAAGGGCACAACGACAGCGGCAUGUAAGCCUGUGUCACAGGACAUGUGGACAGAGUCGCAGCGGAGUCAGAUGGGCGGACCUGACGGUUUACAACUGCUGGCAGAGGGCGCGCUUCAUUUCAGCACCAAGGACAGAGAGGGAGGCAGCAGCUCCUGAACGCCUCACAUAAGGACCCGAACAACAACGCUGCAACGCGCGAACUUGUGGGAUUCAGUUAACCAAGAAGAAUUAUUCACCCGCACACAUGUUUGGAUGAAUUUGGAGCUUCAAAAACAGUAACUCGUUUUUUUUGGGUUUUUUUUUUUUGCGUGACUGCUUCAUGUAAGGAACAUCAAUUCUCACGUCUGGAGGAAGGUCCAGUUUUAUGUGAGGAGGAAGAAGCCAAAAGGGGGAGUCAUUCAUCAUCAUCAGUCAUGAAUGGUUAUAAUUUCACCGGCUUGAACUCCACUGAUGAAGCACACGCUUACCCGUAUGCAAUGUCAUCAGACGACCCUCUGUACAGGCAGUACAAGCACCCAGUGAAGGACCUCAUCCCUUUGCCAAAGGCGGUGGUGUACCUGCUCAUGGCUGCCCUGGUAGUUGUUGGAGUUGCCUAUGCUAUUGUUGGACAUCUCAUCAAGGAUCUGGCUAUUGACAUAGCAGACUGUAUGUUGGGUCCACCUGGUGAUGAAGAGAAGGACAAGGACAUCGACCCGCAGGGCAUGGCCUCCAGCCAUCCUCCUCCAGCGCAUCCAUUUACCCACAAUGCCUUCCAUGUGUGGGACCAGGACGACGUGGUCAUCCCUCUGCCCCAAGACGAAAGCCCCCAGGCCAGCCCGGUGCUGCUGGCUGCCAUCCCCUACAUCCCCUCGUUCUUCCCACACUCACACAGCCCAACGAGUCACAGCUCUCUGACUUUCUCCGCCAGCCCAGGGCCAACCAGGGAGAUCAGCAUCCCGAGGGAGAUCUGAUCUUUCACAAGCACCAUGAUCAUGAACAGCCUUGACGACUAGCAGCCAAGUGUUGGAACCCCAGCACACGUAAAAACCCCAUCUCAUGUUCCCCAGACGUACAGUGACACCGGGAAAUCGAAUGCAGUGACUACACCCCUUCUCUGUUACAUUUGAAAUGAUUUCUCCGAAUUAUGCACCGUGACUCUUGUCUCUCUCACACGUCAUAUCAACAGAAAAGUCAAAGCAAACACCCUGAGAUGGGGAACCCAAGGACAAAAGGGAUUACUGGAGAAGAUCACUGGAUAUUGUCUCUGUGUGCCUGAGCUUCAGAGAGAAGCAAUUAGACAUGUUAGAUUACGUUUAACAGACACUACAUGUUGGUACACGCUGUCAUGGGUACAGAACGUCCUACUGUCUGAUUUCUUUGUGGAUGAAAUGUAAGAGUAUGUUCAGUGUGAGUGACUUGUUUGUACUGGCGGCACGAGAUUGAAAGAUUAUGUAUCUGUUGUGCCAAUAUCAUCCACCUGUACAACAAGAGAUUAGCCAGUGACAAGAGCUCACAGGUUUACAUAUUUUAGUAUAAAGUGUGUCUGUCACCCUUUUA